GUAUUAGUUUGAACUAUGGUUGACUCGAGUAGUUGCUCAGUGACCUUGGUGCGUGUUGACAUGUCUCGCGAACGUGCUCAAGAUAAGUUCAAAAUUUACAAAGAACUGCCGGUAUUUGUCGUCGAAAAUCACAAUGAGGUUUUGCCGUUCAUCUACCGGGCGAUGGGCUCGAAACACCUCCCGUUAGAGGGCAACACUCUCGUGCACCUGGAUUCGCAUCCGGACAUGCUCAUUCCCCGAGGAAUGCCGGCUGACACGGUUUGGAAUCAAUACGAUCUCUUCAGCCAAUUAAGUAUUGAAAACUGGAUCAUGCCCGCAGCGUACGCGGGUCACUUCAGCAAACUUGUUUGGAUAAAGCCCCCGUGGGCGCAUCAAAUUCCGGACGGCCAGUAUAAUUUCAGCAUCGGGAAAAACAAAAGCAACUCCGAAAUUAGAGUCACAUGUCUCGAGGCGUAUUUCCUCGCCGAAGGUCUCUAUUCGCACGAAGCGGAGUUGGAGUCAGCCCGCCAAGUCACCCUCCACGUCAUAACCAUGGGUCGCUCCGAGGUCAAGCUCAGCCCCGACUCGGAACACCAGGAGGAUGAUUUCACGGCUAUCAAAGAGAUAAUAGAGAAAUACGUAUCAGCAGGAGAGCCGUAUAUUCUGGACGUGGAUUUGGACUUCUUCUCAACGCGGAACCCAUUCAAAACCCUCUACGAGAACGCCGGACUCCACGAGCGGCUCAAGGAGCUCUACAAGUUCCAGCCCCCCGCCGAUCGGACGGAUCUCAAGAGUGUUGCCGAGUGUGUCAGCGUUCGUGAGAAGCAACUCAAUGAGCUGCACGCCAUUUUUAGCCACCUUCAAAGCGGAGGAACUGUCGACACGUAUCCGGAUCAAAGUUCAAGCAGGUUGGAAGCUGUGAAAGGGAUCGCAGAAUCGGUAAGGCAAUUUUACAAUGAGGUAGAGUGGGAGGUAAUUCACGACGCCGGCUGCACUAUGGACGACACGGAGCUACCGCACCACGUCACUUCGGUUCCCACCCUACAAAGACUUCUCAACUCCACCUUCGAUAGUUUUCUUCAAGUUUUGCCAGGCAAACCUACGCUCGUCACCAUAUCCAGGUCCAGUGAAGAUGAUUAUUGCCCACCAGAGAAUGUUGACUUCAUUGAAAAUUCCGUUUUAGGAAUUUUGAGAAAACACCUCUCUCCACUUUAUGUCUAUUUACAAUAUGCAUCCGAAUCCGAAGAAGAGACUCAUCAGUAGAUUCUAAUCCCACUGUCAAACUACCUAUUGUGUAAAUCAUAUUUCCUGUAUUUUCUGUCAGUAAUAUUCUUUCAAUAAAUAUGUAAUUAAUAUUGCGUUUA